AUGCUCUUCCUUGUAGUGCUAGCUGUGUUCGGUGUCCAAACUGAUGCCAGAAUCGACCCUCAGUAUUUGCCGUGUGCCGUACAUAAUGGCAGUGCUUAUGUCUACUCCCGCACUGCGGCCAACUGUUUGAAUGUCAUGUCGGAUGCCUAUUGUGAAAUCGCCUAUUCUAAACCAACCCCUGACGAAUCUAGACCAGCAGAAGGCAACGAUGCGCAACGAUCCCUUAUGUGUUACACCCUCGGUUACGCCACUCCCGCUCCAGCCAACGCCGACGCCGAAUCUGUCGCUGUCGCUAGCUGUCCGAAGACUUGUGGAGUGUGUUGUUUGACGAGUGCCUACAAAUGCAACAACCGUGUUGCGCCUCGAGUCAACUGUGCUACCGUAUCCAAAGCCAUGUGUCUCUCGCCGAUCUGGCGUCAGAUUCUCGCAGAAGACUGCCCGGCGGAGUGCGGAUUCUGUGAUCUGAAUGGAUGCAUCGAUCUGGUUGUUGGGUGUGAAAAUGACCCAAUGAUUUGCUAUACGGCGGGAUUGGAGGACUUUGUGAAUACGAAUUGUAGAAGAACUUGCAAUAAGUGCAAUGUGCAGCCGCCGUGUCCAGGAGGAGGCAGAUAA